AUGGUCAAAUGUCUAGGACUGGAGAAUACCGCGCAAACUAGCUUUUCUUCGGGAGAAGGUGGUAGUGCUAUCACUGGUGCUGUGAGUGGCGGCGGAGGGCCGAGCAGGUGGGGUGUGCAGGGUCAAUUUUCCACUGGGCCUUUAACCAGCAGGGAUAUACAAGUAUCCUCUGCGAGAGAAGCGAUAGAAGGGGAGAAUUCAGUGUCGAGAUCUCGUAGCGAGGUUGAUUCGGAGGUCAGUUCAAAUAGAAACAGACAUAGUCUCCUGUGUGCGGGUGACGAGCACCAUAAUUUCAUAGAGGGAGAAGAAAGGGAGGAUCAAAGGCCUGAACUGGACAUCAGUGAGAGUCCAGCUGCUGUUCGCACACAAGACGCUGCAGUCUUAACAGAUGUGCACACGAGUGAGUUGUUGCCUGAGGUUGAGAUCUGCAGUCUGAUUGAGGAUCAAAUUCCUCGCUACAAACUACGCACUACCCCUCUUGCAUCUCCAGUCGGUGCUACUGCUACAGGUACUUUUCCGGGAUCCUCUUCCGCUUCUGUCCCUCAGGACUUCCUGGGAGGGGAAAAGGAUACACCAGGUGCUGUCUCGGGAUCCACUCAAGACCAGGUGUUCGAGGCAUCGGGAGAAGGGGACUUGUUCGGGGACAUCAUCCAUAGGCGAGCUUCUCCUCUCACACCACUGCAGCUAGCCGAUCUCUCUGCCGAUUUUCUCAAUCAGUUUUUCUCCUUUUUCAUGAUUGGAGGCGAAAGAAUAGCACAGAUGACAAAGACGUACCAUGAUAUUGAGGCUGUCACUAAACUACUCGAGGAGAAAGAACAUGACCUGGAACUUGCUGCGCGAAUUGGACAAGCAUUGUUACAAGAAAAUGUACUGUUGAAAAGUCAAAACGACGAACUUAAUGUCUUCUGUGACCAGCUGAACGACAGAGUCAAACAGUUGAAACAUGACAACGAGCGAAAGACGGAAGUGCUCAAUAUGUUUUACCAGGAGGAGGCGGACUUAGAAGAGGAGUUACUGCUGCUCCACAACCGUAACAGUCCACAAGAUCACACUGGCGCCAAUGGUACAGCCAAUGGAUCUACAAGUGCUGAUGGAGACCAGGACCAGCAAGCUUUAUUCGACAUUACGAGUGUGGAGGAAGGUGGCAGUGGAAGUGGGGGAAGCGUGGAGCUGGUGAAGUUGUUGGAGCGAAAAUUGGAUUUGCUAGAAAGGGAGAAUGGGGAGCUGAGACAGAGCACUGAAGAGUGUCUAGUCAAAACUGACUACUUUGAGGCGAAGGAGGAGAGUCUACUUAAGGAGUGCGUGUCCCAGCUGUCGCAGGCAAACCAGGAGGCAAGAUUGCUCAAGACUGAGCUGGACGCGAGGAAUACCAAUCUUCACAAGCAGCAACAGGAGAAGACCCAAUUACUGGGCGAGCUGGUGGAGCUCCAGAAGAAGUACAACAAUCUGACAGUGGAGUACGAAAAUGUGAUGUCGGAGUUGGAGACACUGCAUGAGUGUACUGAAGAUCUAGCCCAAGAGCUCUCGCAAGUGAAACAAGACUACGAGAAGUGUGCGAGCAUGUUGCAAGACACCCAGUCAGAGCUGUCUAACUAUAUACGCCAAAAUAACCUACUGCUUGCUAAUGCGGCUCUAUCUGUGGGUGGGGGCGAAAGCAUGAAAAGCGCCGCUAUUAUUCUGAACCACAAGAGCACGCCUGCCACUGCUCUGCACGACUCAUGUGUUGAUGCUCAUCCUACUAAUACCCGUAGUCUACGCGACACAUCACCGCCUCAGUCUCUGGCAAGUGAGUUGCAGCGUGCUUUGAAUCCAGUUGAAGUUCCACCCCUACAGCAGUCCAACUCAAACGCGCAGGCCAGACAGGCAGUGAGAGAGAUGGUGACGUCUCGGAUAGGGAAGAGGCACAGGAGAGACAAGAUCCCCGGGUCCAACACAGGGCCUCUCUCCCUCUCGGCUGCCAUGGCCACGCCCACCAAUCAGAACAAGUACUAUCCAUUCGGAGCAACGACACCCUCCCCAAUGCGACACCACGCUGUACUGUCAGAAGAUCCUGUGCCUCAAACUAACGAUAGAGGUGGGACCAGCAGUAGAGUGGGAGCUGAAAGAAUAAGUACUACUCAUGCUGACAUGCAAAAUUCUAUCAGAAGGCUAGGAGCAUCGCGACAGAACGAAGUGGACUACAAAAUGUUCAGAUGGCUAAAUCAUUCUUUGGGUUCACCGCAUGGCAGAUCGAUUGAACGGGCUGGCUCGUCUACUACAGCCGUAAUGAGCGAACAUUACUCUGGCAGAGGUGGUCACAAGAGUGAAAGGACCAAACAACAUGCAGACGACCACCUGGGUGACUCGGACGCGGCCAACGAGACGACAGAAAGCGUCAUCAGUGACGUGACAGCGACAUCAGUAGGUCAAGCGAGAGACAGACAGCCCUCUCCCUCUUACUCGAACCUGGGCUCAUCUGUCAGUCAGGUCUCUCCUGCAAGAGCCGUGUUGAGUGGAGACAGGCUUAGAGGUCCCACAAGGCGAUCUCACCGUGGUCGUCCAGAGAAACUGCAGAUUGUGAAGCCGUUAGAAGGAUCCGAGACCUUGGGACAGUGGCAGAAAUUGGCUUCUACGGACAUGACACAGGCUCUGUUCGACCAGAGACCAGGUGUAGUGGCCAGAGGCGAGUCGGGGCUUUCAGUGGUGGGCAGUGCAGCCAAUAGUUCUUUCGAUGCUGCCAGUGGUGUUAUUCCCCCUUCAGUUGGUGGUGGGGGCUUCAUGAAUUCGACAGAAGUGGAUUUUAACGAUUCACAAAGUGUGUUCUCGUCUCUUCACGACGUUGAAGAAGACGAUGAUCUGCAGUAUAGUAAUAGAAAGGAUAACAGUCAUAGAUCUCAACGUCUGUCGUUAUUUUCCGAGCAAAACGAUUCUGCGCCAUCUCAUUUUGAAGAUAGAAACCAUUCAAAAUCUUCGGAAACAAAUGGAUCUUUGCAACAUAGAGCCGGAAAAAGGAGUAAAAAUAUGGUUUUCAAUCGAGGAGACGCCGCUGCUGUGAGAAAGAAAGCUAGCUCUGUGGUUACUCCGAGUAAACCCACAGGGGGACUUGCCGUCUUGUGCAGUAGUUGCAGCUCCGCCGUCGCAGCACAAUCCUCGCACAAGACUCCAGCCGCAACAACCGGUGCAAACAGUCAUCAGAUUACAUCCGCAUCGCCUAUUUACACGUCACCCUUCUAUACAUUCGCUGCAACGUCUCCAGUGCAGUCAUCUGAUCCAGUGCCACCAAGAAUUCUACAGAUUCUCGGCUUCGCUGAAGGUCACGAUAUGGCCAGUAGCUCACGGGUUGCAGCAGAAGACAAUGUCCCGAUUGACUACUCGCCCGACGACGAUGUUAUAGCGAGUGAAGGAGGAACAGCUUCGACUACUGCAGCUGUUCUAUCCCGAUUGCGCUCAGCCCUGAUGGGGUCAACAGCUUAUUCAAAGUAAUGAGCUAGGAAAGACUUAAAAUUGAUAUUUUCCCGAUUUUACAGCGAUUAAAUCGAUUUUGCCCGUUCAAAGGUGCUUGUUCAUGUCUAUCAAUAUGAUGCUCAUGCAAACUUCUUAGACUGCUUUUACAAAUAUUUGUUUAUUGUUUCGCCCGUUAAAUCGAUCCAAUGCUAGCCUUAUUUCUUCAUGGAUAAUAUUGCGCCUAUUCAUGAAUUGAAAGGGAUAAAUAAGUUUUCAAUUGCGAAUCGGCAGCUGGCGAAAUCGUUUCUGCUUUGCAGAAAAAUAAAUGGUCGUCUCGUUUAAUUUAUGUAUCUAAAUAGUGACACACUAAAUUAGUUCAGUAUCAAAUAAAUUUUUGCAUGAUUCUUUUA